AUGCUUCUUUCAAAAAAGUCACCAAAUGGAAAAAAUGAUUGGAAUUAUGAGAUAAUGCUGGGGAUUUGUAAAGGUCUUCACUACAGUUUAUGGAUGCAAGACAAACUUCUUCUGAAGGAGCAAACUGUCACGCGGUUAUGCAACAUGCUAAUACACAUUCCGGACCGCAUAACUAUAAUUUAUUAUUUAUAUGCCAUGUUUGAAACUAUGGCAAGAGAAUGGGAUAAACUAGACUACUGGAGGGUUGACAAAUUUAUGCUGCUUGCACGAGAAUUUUUUACCAAAGGUCUUCAAUACAUAUCACAUAAGAGGCCUGCAGUUUUAGGGGCCUUUAUAGACGCUUUGUUCAGCAAGGUGUUAAAUGAUGAUGUUGAUCAUGCUCUUGGCUUGAAAAUGCAUUUCUGUACUUUAAUAAGUGAAGAGCUCCCGAAAAAGAAAGUCAAAAUGCAGGCUGUGCAGUUGAUCUUUAGACAUCUUUUGGUGCUUCUAGCCUCUCUCCCAAGACACAAUACUUACUCCAGUAAUGUUUUAGCCCUGGUCACAGAGAUAACCAAACUUGUUAAGAAACGUCCACAAUGUUCUUUAAGUGAUAUAAUCGAUUGUCUUAAAAAUCUACUGGUCAAUGAAUUUCCCUACAGAAACGCUCUAAAAACAAUCAACUCACGUUUAGAAAAAAUUAUCGCCUCUAGAGAAGCCAAGCGGAAUAACAGUGACAACAGUGUUCCCCUUCAGAGUAUUGAACCGUUUCUGAAUUCAACUCCUACUGUCCAUGAAGAAGAGAAUUUAAAAACUCUGUCGAAGCCUAAGUCCACAGAUACAAGCUUAGAUGAUAAGAUUGAAGAUUCUGUGCAGGAAUUUUGUCCCAAAAAAGUUAAGUUGGAAAUAAACACAAAGUGUGUCGACAAAUGUACAAUAGAGUCAGACGUCCUUUCUUGUAGCGCUAAAAGUUCCACUGAUAUUUCCCAACCGAAUAUUGCUCAGUUUAUAUCCUCUAGCAUUUCAGCUGAUUUUGAUUCCAGUAACCAUGAAAAAAAACGUCUUCCAAAUACUCCACUUUCAUCAGAAAGACGAGUAUCUUUUGGAAAGGUAUUUCGAAAGAAAUUCAAUGCGACUCGUUGUAUUUCAAUGACUCCACCUGUUAAUGUUACUCCAGCUAAAGGAAUCUUGAGAAAAUCCGUAUCCGAAGAAGUGAAAAAUAAUGUCUCUUUUUAA